UCAGGAAGACAAAAAGACGCUCCUGAGCCUUGGCGUCGCUCAACAGGAUUGUCGAAGGUCAGGUGCCAGUGGUGAAAUGGACUUCUUGUCAGCAUGGAUUGUGUCUCCUUCAGCUCUACCCUUUCUCUGUCUCAUCUUGGGCACGCAUACCCAGCAGGCCUUCAGGUCCGAGCCCAGGAACCUCACUGUGCGGAUGGGAGCCACAGCUGUGUUGAGGUGUGAGGUGCUGAGAGCCUCAGGGACUGUGCAGUGGGUGAAGGAUGGCCUCCUCCUGGGACCACAGAGAAGCCUGCCAGGCUUUGAGCGCUACAGCAUGAUUGGAAACCCCAAGAGAGGACAGUAUCAUCUGCAGAUUGAGAAGACCCUGCUGGAAGAUGAAGCUUCAUAUGAAUGUCAAGCGGGCCGAUCUGAUAGCAGUCAAGCUAUCAUUUCCACCACAGCAUGGAUCAUGAUGCUAAUUCCCCCCUCCAAGCCAUACUUUGUGGUGGACAUGGCAGCACCUUGGGUGGCAGGGUCAAAGUACACGGUCACCUGUAUCGCCCCGGACGCAAAGCCCGUGGCUGACAUCACAAUUUAUAAAGAUGGAGUGGAGCUGACAGGUGCACAGUCUUUCACCAUGUCUGGCUCAAAGGAUAAGCUCCUGAACACGCAUGCUGAAGUAACGGUCACUGCUGUGAACUCUGACAAUGGGAGGCAGCUGGCAUGUCAUGCACAGAACCCCGCCCUCUUCCGGCCCGUGGAGACCACAAUGACCAUGAACGUGCACUACCCACCUCAGCCUCCAGUUAUUUUGGGUCUAGAGAGAGAGGAAGUCAAAGAGAGAAGCAUGCUCAUGUUGGAGUGUGUAUCUCAUGGUGGAAACCCCCUAGCCACUCUCCACUGGACCAAGAAUGAAGAAGUUCUGUCGACAACGUGGGAAGAGGACGCUGCGGCGCAGAAGUCCAGCAGUAUCCUCAUCCUGAAAAUCUGCCCAACAGACAACCAGGCAGUGGUGCGCUGUGAAAGCGCCAAUCUGGUGUCACAGUCACCUCUGUCUGUUAGCCGCAAAAUCACUGUGCUCUUUGAGCCUGCAGAGGUGACACUUGUGGGGUCAUUCACGGCCACCGAGGGGCAGGACUUGAAUAUGGGCUGCCACGCCACAUCCAGUAAUCCACCUGUCCAGAUCCGCUGGUGGCUGGGCUACAAGGAACUCAACUCCACCGGAGAAGCUAUGGAAGAGGGAGACAAUGGUGGGAUGACAACCAUGUCCAACAUGACCCACAGGGUCUCCCGGGAGGACGAUGGACUGAAACUCACCUGUGAGGCUUUCAACAAGGGAACCCACUUCUCCAAGACCCAGUUCGACAUCCUCAAUGUCUACUACCCCCCUCAAAAUGUAUGGCUCGAUACUCCCCCUCCAGAUGUCCCCCUUCGUUCAGGCACCACGGUCCGUCUCAUCUGCUUCUCUACUGGAGGCAAUCCCACUGCGACUCUGACUUGGUUCAAGAAUGGAAGGGCAGUGACUGAUGCACUGAGGCAGACGUCUUUUGAGCGGGGUGUGGCUCGAGAACUGAUCCUGGUUCUGACGGCAAGCGACAACAUGGCCACCUACCGCUGUGAUGCCACAAACAAAGCAAAGAAGAUAAUUUCUGCGCUCACUAAGCUCAAGGUUCAAUUCCUAGCAGUAAGUAUGAAGAUCUCAACCAAGCAGGAGGUGCUACGGCAGGGACAGAUGCUCACUCUGGAGUGCCUGUCUGGAAGCAGCAACCCUCAGCCCAGCAUCUACUGGAGUUUGGCCGCAGUCAGGUUACAGGGAGAGGACCAGCCCCCAAGGAAGGCUCACUUUGGUGGUGUGUCAGUGCAGAGUUCCCUAUCCCUGAAUCUGAGUUCACAACAUCACAACAAGCAUGUCAUCUGCCAGGCCUACACUCCUGUGCUAGCUGAGGGGGCUAACACAUUCUUUAAACUCAAUGUGCUUUACCCACCAGAAUUCAGCCCUGAGCAGCCGGUGCAGAUUCAGGUGUUGGAGGAUGACAUGGCAACCAUCCCAUUGCUGGUCUCAGCUAACCCGGAGGAGGUCUCCUGCAUUUGGCUGCACCGCAGGGAGAGGCUGGUCAAAGAGGGGAAUCUGCGCUUCCACUGGUCAGAUGACAACUCUCUGAAGAUCAAGAACGUGACAAGGAAAAAUGCCGGAGUUUACACGGUCAAGUGUACCAACGAGGAGGGAGAAAACCAAGCCUCCAUCAUGCUGGAUGUUCUGUAUGCUCCCAUUGUCAAGGCAGAGAAAGACCCUGUGUUAGUGAACCUGGGGGAAACGGCAGACCUAAUAUGUGUGGCAGAUGCCAACCCCAUUAUAUCCGGCAUGUUCUCUUGGAAAUGGCUGGGAGAAGGGGAGGUGGAGAUGGGACAGGAGACCCAGCAAGACGAAUCUGGCCUUCUGACCAUCCAUGAUGUGACUCGUGCUCAUGCUGGUCUUUACCAGUGCUCAGCCAAUAACGACAUAGCACCCCCUGCCACUGUAGAUGUGCAGCUGGUGGUGCAAUUCAAACCUAAUCUUCAGAAAGGAGCGCAAUGGAGGAAGGUAGCAAGUAGAGGUGACGGCACCACAACGGCUGAGGUAGUGUGUCAGGCCGAAGGGAUUCCUCGUAUCGACUUCUCUUGGGAAAAAAAUGGUGUUCGCAUAGACUUUGAAAACCCGAGGUAUGAGGAGUGGACCGUGAGGGAGGGCUCCUUUCACACCAGCACGGUUAGAGUUGUAAAUGUGAGCACGGCUCUGGACUAUGCUGUCUUCAGCUGCACGGCUCGCAACUCGCUCGGGGAAGACUCACUCGACAUUCAGCUCGUCAGCACAAAUCACCCAGAUCCUCCUUCAGCGUUCGGCCAAGUCGACGUCUCCCACGACUCGGUCACUCUUGAGUGGAUCCCCAGCUUCAACGGUGGUUUGCGGCAAAGGUUUCGUGUAAGAUACCGUUGGGAUCAGUCAGACAGUUUUCUGUAUGUGGAUGUCUUUCCUCCCGGAGCUACAACCUUCACUGUCGCCGGCCUGCAGCCUGUCACCACCUACAACUUCUCUGUCAAUGCUCUCAAUGCAAUGGGAGAGAGCGCCUAUGCUGACAACAAUGCAGUACUGACCAUCACCACCAAGGAGAGGCCAGACCCAGAAGGAGUCCCAACAGAUGUUGACUCAGACUCACAGAGUGCAAGUGGACUGCCCGCUUACUUGACAGUAGUGUUCACGGUGGUGUUCGGAGUCCUGCUGGUGUUUAAUUCAGUGGGUUGCUUCUUUGGUUUAAGGUGGAAAAGGAGGCGAGGCCAGACAGGGGGUAGAGGAAGCAGUGUGCUUGAUGGAAAGAAGAAUAAAGAGGAGGGGUGUAGUCAUUCCACUGUAAGCAACUCCAAUAAGUAUGAGAGCAGAGAAAAGAUCAACGCCGCAGCCCAGCGCACCCUGCUCAUCGACUCCGGAUCUGAAACAGACAGCAAUGUCUACGAGAGCUAUGCAGCGGAAAGUUCCCAUUAUUAUUACCCCACCGGUGACUACAUGCCGCCUCUGAGCCCUCUCCCCGAGGAAACACGUAGGCACGAUGUCACCCGCCUCCCUGUGGACCCUCACAGCCAUCUGUAUGAAGACGUGAGAGACAGGGGUCUGUACCAGGACAUCCUCUCUUCAACUCUUCCUUCUCCUCCGUGCUUGUUUGACCACAGGCUGCCUCAUCUGAGGACUGAGUUGAGAUCAAAAGACUACCCUCAGGCUGCUGAAAGAGCGAGGGAUGCUCGACAACCACCGAGAGAUUCUCAUCUUCCCUUUGAACAACGAGGCGAAUUAGUCUAGAGUUGGAAGGUCAGAGCAAACAAAUACGCUAUGACAAGGCUCAACAGAAGUCAUCGAGUACAGUGUUGUAUAGCAAAUACUGAAUGCGAAACUUUUUAAAGCGUAUCUCCCACGUCUUUCUGUGUAUAGUGUUAACCUCGAGCGUUUCCGUCAGAUUGAGUGGACCCACAGUACUGUAUGGUAAACUGAAGGAGCUUGAAAAUGAAAUAUAUGUUGUAUAUGAUGCAAUUGAAACACAAUGAGAACACGGGAGAGCUGGAACUUGAUGGCAACCACUGCGGUUGCCUGACCAAUUCUGAAGAUUUCUCACCAGCCAUGUAUUAAGCUAGCUCUGAGAGAAUAAUCAACAUUCUGCAUAACAAGAUAAAACCAGCCAAGCAUUAUAACACCUGUGGCAGAAAUAGGGAGACAAAGCACUGAGAGCACAGCACCUCAAGGUUACAUAGCUGUGCUCAGCGGGGGCAGUAGAAACUGAUAAACUGGGUCAAAGUUAUGGGCCGAGGAAAAUAUUUCCCCAACAAUUACCACAAGCAACAGGAAUGGUUCAUUUCAAAUUCUUUUACGAAAGACGAGCCACUAGUUUACAUUUGUCUCCCUUUGUGAUAUCACUCCUCCCAUGACCUCACUUAGUUAUUUUGUCUUUAAAGCUAAGCCCCCCUUCAUCCUCCCAUUAGGCCUGCAGGUAGACAUGAAUCAGUCAGUUAGAGACAAAAAUGGACUGACAACGCUGUAGUUGGCAAUGGUGCAGAGGCAGCGCAGAGUCACAGUGCCACCCAGCACUGCAUCCUUUUUGACCCAUCCAAUGUCAACAUUUUACAAACAUGUAUAGAUGAAACCCGAAGACAGUGGCCUUUCCCUUCCCUCGCUGAUACAAAGAGUUGCACAGUAAGUCCGUGAAAUCCCGACAAUGGGAUAGCACUGACUGGUAUUUAGCAUGGUUAUGUCUUCAGUAAGGUAAAGCCAUAUCUAGGGCUGGACUCUAAUCCUGUUUUCUCUCGGAUUGAAGUUUAGCUCACAGCAUCAGGGAGAGCGGGUGAGAGACCGUGUCGGGAAUUUGUCUCACUGAGAGUGGUCACUCACAGAGAGAUGGGAGGGAUAAGCUGAUGCUGUGGCUACUGCUACAAAAAUAAUCUCUGUUCUCUUCCUUUGGUUUCCAUUAUUUUUCAGCUUGUAGUUCAAAGUAAAGCAAUUCACUGCAUAAAGCUAACCACAGCCUAUACAAUAAUCAAAUGUAUUAAUAGGACUCUUUUCAAACCCAAAGUUGCGUUACACGAGAUAGAACAUUUAAAUUGGCAAAUUGUAAACUCCAAUAUAAAAUCUAAUAAAAAUUGAAUAGAUUUGUGGCGGUUAUUUAGACUAAGUUGAAAUAAGAUGGCUCAACUGGCUUAUGUUUUAUUAGCGUGCAUAAAAAAUAUUAAAUACAAAUCUAAAAUAGUUUAGGAUUUUUCCUUCUUUUCUACAAGGGUCUUGCACUUGAGUCAGUUCGAGGUACACACAUAAAUGCCAUCCUCCUCGGUUGAGUUGCUACAUUAGCUAGCUUUGUAGCUGCAUGUU